AAUUAUUUUAUCGACUGCGCAUAGCCAAUCAGAAACGAUUGCUGCAUUGCGCAGUAGUAGUGACGUAACGAACUUCAAAGAACACUAAACAUAUGGUCAGUUGAUACAUACCUGAGUAGUUACUCACUUCUGUAUUUAUUUUUUUUUGUCUCCGAGGGUUCAACACAAAAGUUUAAUACAAAUGUCUUGAGUUAAAACUAAUAAAAUUAUGUUCAAAAUUAUGAUAAUAUGAAAAAGAAGAUGUUAAAGUGACUGGAAAUAAUCGAGAAAAAUAUUCAAGAAAUACAGUAGCUCGUAAAAUACGGUUAGAUGUGAAUUCUGGAAAAUUUGAACACUAGUUACUGGUAAUAGUGGCGCUGUAGAAUGUGCACAGUGUUGUGAGUGGUCGUGAGAAUAAUCAAAAUCAAUGCAUUAGUGCAGUAUUUCAAGGGUUACUUUGCGGAUAUUGGCUCCGAAUUUAUUAUAUCCGGUAAUUAAAAAUGUCAAAUGGAGUUCAAGUGAUAAAUAAUAACCAUCAAUCUCAAAUACAAAAGGUAGCCUGUACUGCUGCUGCAUCGGAGAGGCGGCAGGUAAAAAUCAAGAUGGAAACAAAAAAUAUUGGACCUACCUGUAAAAGACCAUCUGAUUCGAUUAGUGAAGCUGCACCAGUUCCAAAGAAACGUCAUAAAAAUCCACAACCGAAAAAUGCCGUUUGUGCACUAAAUGAGCUUAAAACGGGUGCGGUUUAUAAAGUAGUAUCUCAAACAGGACCAACACAUGCUCCAAUUUUCACAAUAGCAGUACAAAUAGAUGGACAAACUUACGAAGGAAAAGGAAGAACGAAAAAAAUGGCCAAACAUGCUGCAGCCGAAUUAGCCUUGCGAAAUAUAGUACAAUUUCGUAAUACACCAGAAGUACAUCAAGCAAUUGGUUGUCCACCGGUACCCUCGGUAGAACCUGACUUUACGAGUGACGUUACUGAGAAGGAUAAUCAUUUAGUUAAUGCUUUUAAAACAUUAACACAAGAACCGAAAAAUCCGGCAAAAUUUAUUGACAAAGGUCCAGUGGCUUUAAUUAAUGAACUAUAUCCAGGUGUUGUUUAUACAUGUGUUUCUGACAGUGGUGAAAGCUACGCUAAAUUUACUAUUGCAGUGACAAUUGACGGAGAAACAUUUGAAGGAACUGGACCAAGUAAAAAAUUAGCAAAAGCAGCUGCUAGUAAAGCAGCACUUGCUAAACUACGUAAUGUUCAUAGUUCAACUUUUUGUAUUCCAUUACCUGUUCGAAUACUUCCCAAUUUUUCCAAUUUUUCACAGACUCAUGAACAAAUGAGUCUGCCUCAAAUGCUUGCUGAUAAAAUUGGUAAAAUGGUUAAUCAAAAGUUUAGUGAAUUAAUGCAGAGUAAGCCUCAACAUGCGAGACGUAAAGUCUUAGCUGGCAUUGUUCAAACGAGAGGUCAAGAUGCUGAAUUAAUAUGUGUUACGACAGGUACGAAAUGUGUGUCAGGAGAACACUUAAGUGUGACAGGAGGUGCUUUGAAUGACUGUCAUGCUGAAGUGGUAGCUCGCCGAUGUCUUUGUGAAUAUUUAUAUCAACAACUGACACUCUAUACCGAAAACCGUGGUGAAGAAUCGAUUUUAGAAGCAGCUAAGAAGGGAUUUAGAUUAAAACCUGGUAUUCAAUUUCACUUGUAUAUUAAUACAGCGCCUUGUGGUGAUGCAAGAAUAUUCUCGCCUCAUGAAGAAAAUGAAUCUGUCGAUAAACAUCCGAAUAGACGUGCAAGAGGACAAUUGAGAACUAAAAUUGAAUCAGGGGAAGGUACAAUUCCCGUCAAAAGUAGCGAAGGCAUACAAACUUGGGAUGGUGUUCUCAUGGGUCAAAGACUGCUGACGAUGUCGUGUUCGGAUAAAAUAGCUCGAUGGAACGUACUAGGUGUGCAAGGUGCACUACUCAGCCACUUCAUCGAGCCUAUUUACUUCCACAGCAUCGUUCUGGGUAGUCUACUCAAUCCAAGUCACAUGUAUCGUGCAGUAUGUGGCAGAAUAGAAAAUACUAUCCAAGGAUUACCACCACCAUAUCGAUUGAAUAAACCACUCAUGAGCUUAAUAACGUCUUCCGAAGUUAGACAACCUGGAAAAGCACCAAACUAUAGCGUCAAUUGGACAAUAGGGCAAGCUGAGGCAGAAGUGAUAAAUUGUACAACGGGAAAAGAUGAAUUAGGAAAACCUUCACGAAUAUCAAAGCAAGGUCUUUUUCGUAUGUUCUUUAAUCUUUUAGGGAAGCUUAGUACAAUUGAUGAUGUGGAUCGUGACACGUGUCGUCAAUAUCUGGAUGCAAAGUCAUCUGUUCAAGAUUAUUCGCACGCAAAGCGCCAACUUAAAGAAGCUUUCGUCCGUGCGCAACUUGGUAAUUGGGUGAAGAAACCUAUCGAACAAGAUAUGUUUGAAGUUGACAUCUGACUAAUUGACUGCAAUAAUCGUUCAGUAUUUGAAAAAGGUGAUUUUGAAAAUAUUCAUAAUAAUAUUAAUAUUGACAUUAACUACGAUGAACGGCCUCAAAAAUAUGAUUGUUUAGCUCAUAGUGCAGACUAGAUUGCACGCUCGGCGUGUCACGAUACGGUAGAGUUUGGCAUCAGUAAAGCAUAAUCGUAGGAACUCACACGAAACAAUUUUAUCACAGUAAUCAUUAAUUUGUAAUUUAUUUUUAAUGAUUCAUGUAGCAAUCUUUUUCUCUUCAACCAUUGAAGAAUAUUUUUAUAUUUGAUAUUUUAAGUUUUUUAUGAAAAAAAAAAAUCCGUUGAUUACCACUAAAUGCAUCAUUACUGAUAUUUUUUUAGUUAUUUAUAUAUAUUUGAUAGUAAUACAGAAGACUUACUAUUUAUGUAUAAUUGUGAAAAGUAUCUAUUCAUUUAACUCAGGCAUUAUUACAAGUUUUAUUACUUGUUUUAUUCAUCAAAUCAUUUUUGUGGCUUUAAUUAGUUAAGUAGAUUGCAAUGAUAAAAUUACAUAAUGGCCUUAUAGCUUAUUUCUAUAGCACUGGACAAGUCAUUAUUUACAAUAAAACAUAAGUAUAUUAUAAACAGUAGAUAAAUAGAAAUGUUUAUAGUAUAAACAUAAUUAACAUAUCAUUUAAUCUGUUAUAAAAUUUGCAUCUUGCUUUUACUUGGAAGAAAAACUAGAAUGUAGAUGUAAUGAAACUAAUCCAUCGAAAAUUGAGUUUCAAUAUUUCUUGUUCAUUUUAAAUAAAUUAAAACUAUCUUUUAAUAGUACUUAUAUAGAUUUAUCAAAGAUCAUUGUUAAAAGUAUUGAAUAACUUUUUUAAUCUAUUAUCCAUCUAUUGAUGAAUAAUGUUUAAAAGAUUACCAUUGAUUCAAUAUAUCGUUUUUGAGAAUAGUCAUACAAGAAUUUUUACAGUUUAUUAAUUACAUAAUUAGAUAAUAAAAUAAUUAAUAAUAAUUACAAUAAAUAAUACUCAUUAGUUUAAUCAAAUCAUUAGCCACAUUUUUUUGUCUCGUAAUUUGAUCUUUUACAAAUUGGCGUAAGAAUCUCCCAAAGGCUGUGACCUGAGAAAUGAAAACAUUCUCGUAAAUGAAAUGAUAAUUCUUUGUGACUUAUUAAAAAAAAUAAAAAAUUAAUAAUUAAAAAAAGAAUGUUCAUAACAUUAAGUCUUUCGAUAGUUUUAAUCUUAAAUUCAUAACUUUCAAUGUUAUAAGUAUGUAAAUGUAAUUUAAGCAUACAGUAUAUUCAAUUAAAUCGAGUAUCAAAAAAGUUUCAAGUUUAAAUUUAAAAUUGACAAAAGAAUUCGAAAAUAUAAAUGCAUGAUAAUCAGUGGCUAAUUAUUAUGACAAUGGUAGUUUUUACUGAAUUGUACAUAUUAUUUAAAUUAAUUAAUGAGAAGAGAGUCCUAAGAUCUUUGCCUCACUGUGUCAGAAAUUAAUGAUGUAAUGAUUUUUUUUUUUUUUUAAUUAAUUUUUUCCGAUUAAUAUUUAAACCAUAAAAAUGCUAUUCUGCCGUUAGUGGCACUCCGUUCGAUGCCUAUCCAGUUUCGUACAAGUGAGUUAUGUAUAUAAAACCUACAAACACCAGUAAUUUAAACAAAACUGUAAUUUAUCUCUAAGUUAUUUAUAAACUAAGAUAAGUUACUUUACAAAAAAGGAAAACAAAAAAUUUUUAUGUAAUAUUUCAGUAUAAAGGGUUAUAUCAUGUAACAAAGUAACAAAGAAAAGAGUAAAACUUUGAGUUGAUACUUUUUUUUUUUUUUUAUAUUGAUAUUAAUAAUUUAUUUUGAGUGUUUUAUAAAAAACUUUUACAUGAUUAUUUAUAUUUAGUUGAUGAUACAUGACAAAUUUUUUAUGUUAUAUAGUCUUGUUACUCUCGACUUUAGGAAAGUUUUCGAGUGCAUAAAAUGUAAAAAUAAUUUAUUAUUAUAUUUAGUAUUUGUGCCAAUUAUAAACCAAAUAUACGCAAAAAGUAAAGAAAAAAUAAAUAAUUUUUGCUCAGUUGAAAUAAAUACAUAUUUAAGUUAGGCUUGUUAGUUAGUUGAUUAUUCUAAUUGUAGUCAUUAUAAUGAAUAAUGAUAAUACUUUGACUCAGCUAGAACGAAAAAUAUUAAAAUGAAAAGUAGUAAUAGCGAGCAUUUCUUGCCUCUUAACUCACUUCCAUAUACUAUUUAAAUAUUAAAUAAUUCAAUAAGUAUUAAAUUUUUACAGCUUGUAAAAUUUAAGAUUAAUAAUUAUAACUGUCAACGAUAAUUUGCGCACAUUAAAUGUCAUAAUAUUUACCUUCAUUACAAAUAAUAGUUAUAUUUAACAAGUAUUAAACUAUUCAAAAAUUGUCGUAAUAAGAUGAUUAUGAAAAAUAGAUAGAAGGAAUAUAACGAAACAAAAAAAUAAUGAUAAAACGAUUUUUUGAAUGCACUGCUCAAUAUUCCAGUAGUUCAGUUGAUAUCAAUAAUUAUAAUGAUGAUAGUUUGUUCAUAAAAAUAAAUAAUAAUUAUUAUUUAAUAAAUAAUAAUUAUUUACGACGAUAAAACGAUAAAUGUUCAGAAAACGAACUUUCAAAACAAAUUGGGCAUAUGUAAAACAGUGAGAAGACCAAGUGUUGAUCACUAUCCAGUAAUAAAAAUAAAUUAAUUAAAGUUUGUAAAAAAAAAGAGCUCGUUUAUCAAUAAUUAAAAAACUGUAAUUUAAAUAUUUUUAAACAUUUUUCACUAUCAUUUGUGAGUGCACUAAAUACCUUUACAGCCUUUACAGAGCUGUAUUCAAAUUUAAAUAUCAUAAUCAGAGUAAAAGUUUUAGCACUAAGGUUCGCACACUAAAAAAAAAUUGCUUUUAAAAUAAAAUGAUUUUAUUUAAAUGAUUCUACUACUAUUCCAAAACAAAAUGAUCUGAGUCGAGUAUUUUUUUUUCUUGAAAAAAAGAAAAAUCUUUGUCUCUCAUUAUAUCCUAAAAAAUUUUAAUUUGAAACAAUUUUUUCAUGCUUUAAAAUUCAUAAUGAAAAAAGUUUAAAAAUCUAACGAUUACUAAAUUUUAAUUAUUUGUAGAUGAAUAUUUUUUCACAAACUUUCAAUUUAAAUUAUUUAAUUCGAUAGUAACCACAACCGGUCCACGAAGAGUCUUUAGGAAAAGGCCUUUUUCUUACCACUAGUCACUAUAAACAUAGAGAUUACUUUCUUGAUGAUUAAAUAACUGUAAUAAUGAAACAGUUUCAAUUGAUUUCUCAUUAGACUAUUUUAAAUUUAGCAAUAAAACGAUUUCAUAGGAAAAACAAUAAAAUUGAUGAUAGAGAAUAGUGGAAAAAAUAAUAGUAGUAAUAAUAAAAACAACGUAAGUUACAUCUAAUGUUGUAAGUACAAUCAUAUGUUAUAGCUUUUACUUAUUAAAUUUUUAAUUAAAAUCGAUGAAUAAUUCAAAUUAAUAUACAGGGAAUGAGUGAGAUAAAAACAGAUUUUAAAAUGCAUUUAGGCAAGAUGCAGCUAAUACUAUUAGUAUUUAAGCUUGGAUAGUGCCUCUAGUGAUUAAUAAUUCGAUGACAAAAUUUCCCAGUAUAACAACUUUAUAAGUAUUAAUAAAGUGUUUAUUUAUUAGUAAAAUUUAUGUGGUACGGAAUAAAAUUUUUUAUUUCCUUAAGGAGUCCUAAUCGUUGAAUGGCAACUAUUUUAAUUUUUCAUAGAAAAAAAUGGGAUUUAGAUUUUUACAAUUUUAUUAGUAUC